ACGUGUAUUAUUAUAAAUGAAUUAUUGUUUGAUAUCAAUAUUAUGUAUAAUGAUCAUUAUCAUUAUUAUUAUUGUUGUUGUUGUUGUUGUUGUUGUUGUUGUUGUUGUGUUUAGGUAACCUCCAGUUUGAGGCAGCGGGGAAACUAAAUUAUAUUUUAUACUUCACUGAAGCAGCUGUAAAAGUUGCGGUAUAUAUGUACGUGUCAGAUUUACUUUCACUUCCUGAAACACAUCAGCUGACAUCAUGUCGGAAGGGAGAAACACCAACAAAAGUGACUUUUAAAAAGUCUGAAGUGUAUUUGUCAUAUCGCACCUGCUGCAGGUGUGUUUGUCUUCAUAACCUGAGAUCAGCUUUAUUCGUCUCUGACUCACCUGACCAUGCAGGUGCGGACCAACAGGAGAGGAGCGACUGAACGUUUCCUUCUGGGGCAGCACUUGAAGCUGAAUGACUUGAAACUGGAAGCUCGUUCCCGAAGUUUGGAAAUCCCUCAAUACUUCUUCAGAAAACUCCCGCCUUACCCCCGACCUGAGCUCCAGGUGUCUCACCUGAAACACGACACGGAUCGAGGAGGGUUACGCGGUAUAAAGCGUGACGGCGGCUUCAGGGCCACAGACUGUCUGCAGUGGUGGAGUCUGGCGGUGAAACCUGAGGACAUCUCUGCAGCUGAGACGAGGCUCCUGGAGGAGACCUACCCGGACCGGACUGAGCAGCAGGCCCAGACGCAGCACAGCUUCCUGGGGAGGUUUGCCACCUCCCCGGCCUUCCUGGAGACCUCCAGGCUGGGCUCGUACCGCUUCACCUUCCCCGUGGAGGAGGUGCUGGAGGCCUACAGCCAGCAGUUCUGCAGCGGAGCUCCGCCCGUCCUCCGGGUGUUCGAGACCGUCCUGUACAAACAGGAAGUGAUGUACGCGGUGCUGGUCCACAGCCCGGCCAAUCAGGAGUGUCAGGAGCUUCCUUUGCUGAGUGACGACCCGACGGUCUGUGUUUACAAAGAUGGCCGCUUCACCUGGAGCUGUCAGGCCAUGUGUGAGACACACAGAUGUGAGUUGGUGCAGGGACCUGGGAGGAACCAGGUGGAGGUGAGGGAGCACUUCGGUUCUGAUGUACAGUUUUACGUUUGGGAUCAUGUGACCGUCGCGCUGCACAUGGAAGGAGGACAGGUGCUGAAGUUUGAUGACGACAGACUGAGGGAGAGUCUGACGUUCUGUGAUCGAGGUGAAGGUUCAUACCAUCCGAACUUUGACAGACUUGAAGAGGCUGAAAAGGUCGUUUGUGAAGAUUUGUGGCCGUAUUAUCCUGCACCGCUGGAGAGGGAGCGCUCGCUGCAAGAGUCACUAGCAGCUCUGAGCCUGAACAGCAAAGUGUCGCAGCAGCCGAAGCUCCGUCACACGUCUCCGUCCUGUCCUCUGUCCCCCCUCCUCAUCGGGGACGCCAUUGUGAGGAAUGUGAGACUGGGGGGGGGCAACAGUGUGUCAUUUCCCGAGGCCACCGUUCUGGAGAUUAAGGACAAACUUCCCGACGUCAUCAGGUUCCACCCCGAGGCCGACACCGUCAUCAUCCACGCCGGUUUCAACGACAUCUGCAAGGAGGAGUCCGAGGUUUUAAAGCUCCACUUCCUCCGUCUCUUCGACUCCGUCAAACAGUUCCACCUCAGUGUCUUCAUCUCUGGUCCCGCCCCCACCUGUGGCCGGGGGAUGGGGCAGUUCAGCCGGCUGCUCGCUCUCAACACCUGGCUGUCCUCCGUCUGCGACGCCCACGGCCUCGGCUUCAUCGACAACUUCAACGUCUUCUGGUUGAGGAGGCAUCUUUUCUUAGCUGACGGGUUCCACUUAAACAACGCUGGCAGACGUUCGCUCGCCAACAACAUCCUGUACAACAUACAGCACGCUUACACCCCCCCCCCAACCCCCCCUCUCACCCCCCCGCCCACCAACCGCUCACUGUUGUUCUAGUUCCACUGUUAUCAGUUACACACACGACCGGACUCACACCCGCUGACACCAACGCUUCAACAAGACAACAAACAACACAACAAUAACAACACAACAAUAACAACACAACAACAAACAUGAAACAACACAACAAUAACAACACAACAACAAACAACACAACAAUAACAACACAACAACAACAAACAACAACAAACAACACAACAAUAACAACACAACAACAACAAACAAAAACAAACAACAACAAACAACACAACAACAAACAACAACAAACAACACAACAAUAACAAACAAGUUUAAUUUUCUCAGUUGUUUAGCAGCAUUGUCACUGACUGUGACGUUGUUUCAUCUUCACAAACUCGAACCUUUCCCAGACUGAGGAGCAGCUUUCAGAGCUCAGUGUCUUUGUGGAUUACUCUUAGUCUAAAUCCCAUCCCCCCCCCCCCUUUUUAGCCUGAAGGUGUUUUGUGAAUACAGAACCUGGUUGUCAAUAGUGAUAUUGACUGAACUCAGAAGAAGCCUCACCAUCAAACUAAUAUUUCUAUACUCCACCAGGUGGUAAAAAAGAUGGCGGCAUCACUUGGUUUUAAAGACAUUACAUUUUGAAUAUCACUCUUUGAUGUUCAGCUUCUUUUAUCAGGUGGUUUUAACCUGCGUGUUGACGAUCAGAAGUUUUAUAUUUGCUUUUACAUGAGUUUUUUCCGACGUGUUCCUCGGCUCACUCAGAACAGAGGUGGAGCUUUAGACCUGGUGAGAACCCACAGCUUUCACACUGUCAGUGGUUUUAUUCAACAGAGCGAACUGAGGAAACACUGUUAUACUGUAGCUCAUCUGUUACGGGAGGCUGCGGCAGACAUUUGGAGAAAGAAUGAAUUAAUUAUUCAAUCCUCUGUGAACAGCUGAUUAUUUACAAUUAGGUAAUUAAACUCAGUUAAAAACAGGCUUCAUUAAACGACCAGUGGUUGAGAAGAACUGAGUCCUACUGAUUUACCAGAUUUGCUUUUGUCUGGAGAACCCUCAGGUCUUCUGGUCGUGGUCUUUGAUUAAAGUCAUAAACCCACAGUGAGCUGAGGGAAGCAAACUCAACACCUACAUUUAAAGUCAUUUACAGCUUUGAAUUGAAUUUUAUUUACUUAUGUUGGAAAAAUUGUGAUACUUUAUGAUAAACAUAAUUAUCCUAAAGAUAAACUGUAUUGUCCUGAAGUGAACUUUUCCUUACUUUGAUAUUGUGUUUGUUUUAAAGACAGGAGUUAUCAGGAGCAGCGCAGUGACCUUCGCUGGUCUUCCCACACAUUAGCUUUGAUAAGGCCUGAAUCAAGUCUCUGUUGUGUCUGUCUCAUAUCAGCAGGAUGUGAGGUCACUCUCAUAUCUUCUGUGUAUAACUCCUGUGUGAACUUUGUAUUCUUUCAACAUUUGCACUGCGAGCUCUUUGUGUGUAACUUGUUCUCUUGCUGCAAGAAUAAAUAUCCUACUCUUAUAAUUUUCAGACGGUGUUCCUGAGUUUAUUUGAUCAUUUUCCUAACAACUUAUUUUGUUGUUUAUCUUAUUGAUACAUCAAAGCUGUUUUUCUGAUAUGUCCUUUUAUUUUGUGUUUAUUUUUUGAUAGUUUUCCUUUAUAUUUGCUUUUAUUCAGCAAAGCAGCUUUGCUUUACGUUGUUUGUAUGAAAAACAAAUAAAGUCUGAUUGAUUGAUUGA